AGCUUUCAAAGUGUGUGCUGUUAGUUUUGUUUUGUAUUUAGAUUGUAAAUAAAUAGAAGUGAAUGCAAUAUAAUGCAUAGAUACCGAUCAGAAACUGCAUGGCGGGGGGAAAAUAAUUCUAGCUCAAGAUGUAUCGUAACCGGUGACCCGUUAGCCGCAAUUUACAAUGAAGAGCUGUGGCGAAUAAACAAAGUGUCUCCGCUAUACAAUUUACAGUACAGUGCAGUGAGAUUAAAGCAAUAUGCAUCUAAAAUAAGACAAGCUCUCGUGAGUGCAGUAACAGCUAGUUCGUCAACAAAAUAUGUUGUUCAAAUCGAAGAACAAGCUAAUUUAAAAUAUUCUGAAGAUGAUGCCAGUGCUUUGAUUAUUAACGUAUUAUCAUCAGGUCAGGAGAGAAACAGUAAAAGUAAUGUGGCCUACUCAGCCAUUCUUCUGUCUUGGGGGCUCAGCACUGCUUUAGAAAAUGCCACCCAUUUGCCAUAUAUGCUGGAGAGAGGAGAACAGAGGGUCGGCACAUCUGUGAAGGCAACUUUACAAACUAUCUUUGACUGCCAAAUAAAUCAGUUUUAUUUUACUCAGCUACAAUUACUGUACUUUGCCUUUAAGUUUGUGGAGAAUGACUCGGCCCGCAGCACUGACGCAUUUACCUUUACAUACAAAAUACCACAAGUUGAACAUAAAGAAAAAUUGAAAGUAAACUUUGAAGUUGGAGACAUACAGAUUAUAUGGAAUGGGAUCCAAGAUGAGGAAGCCAAGGUGACAGAUUUAGUGACAGUAGCAUACAAAAUUUUACAGAACCAAAUAUUUGACAGUUUUGCCUUAGAUGUUACUGUAUUUGACCUAUGUGAAGUAAAGUCGCCUAGAGCAGAGGUAAAGGGCAGUGGGGCUGUGAAGAUGAAGACUCCAGAAAUUGUUAAUUGUGUGUUAACAAUUUUAAAUGAAAUCAGUAAUAUUUAAUUGCCCAGACGAAGAUCCCAAAAUUGCGUCUGAACUGAU